AUGAAGCUAUCAAUUGUCUCGGCGGUUGCCUUUACGGCCUUGGCUCAUGGCCACUGCAUUUUCCAAAAAAUAUCAGUCAAUGGAAAGGAAUACGGAUCUCUGGCUGGACUUCGGGCCCCAAACCAGAACAAUCCAACCGAGGACGUCAACUCCCAGGACAUGAUCUGUGGCAAGGUGGCCACCUCGUCGCAGGAAGUCGUCACGGUCGCCCCCGGAGACAAGAUCGGUGCCUGGUGGCAGCAUGUCAUCGGCGGCGCGCAAUUCCCCGGCGACCCGGACAACCCGAUUGCGGCAUCCCACAAGGGCCCCAUCACGGCCUGGCUCGCCAAGGUUCCGAACGCCGCCUCCACCGGCGUGACGGGCCUCGACUGGUUCAAGGUGGCGGAGGACAACCUCGACGCCGCCUCCGGAAAGUGGGCGGUCGAUAGGAUGAUCAGCAACAGUGGCUGGAGCUACUUCAACCUGCCUCAGUGUAUUGCUCCAGGCGACUACUUUCUGCGCGUCGAGCUGCUCGCUCUUCACUCGGCCCAUGCUCAGAAAGGAGCGCAGUUCUACAUCUCGUGCGCCAAUAUCAAGGUCACGGGAUCUGGAUCGUUCUCGCCGAGCUCGACGGUCAAGUUUCCAGGGGCGUACCAACAAAGCGACCCUUCUAUUUUCAUCAACAUCUACGGAACUGGCGGUGUACCCAACAAUGGGGGGAAGGCUUACACCGCACCGGGACCGAGGCCGAUUACUUGCUGA